CUCCUCAAAAUCAGGCCGACAAUAUGGCGAAAAAAGAACGUCUAACGGCCGAGAGAUCUUUGGUCUGCUUACUGCAAGCUUGCCAAGGCUACAAAACUGUGAUCGAGUUUCGCGAUGAUUCAUUCGCGGAUGGCGUUUUGACUCAGGUCGAUGGCUUUAUGAACGUGUUUAUGAAUGAUGUGGAUUUUACUAUGCAAGGUCAAGAUACACGACAUUUUGAUGAACUCUUCGUGCAGGCCAAACAGAUAAGAUUUGUUCAUAUUCCCGAUGAUAUAAACAUGAGAGAAGCUAUUGAGAGACAACUGAAAACGUUCAACAAUGCAAACAAACCUAAACUGCGCACACCUGGAAUAAAGGAGUCAAAAGUAUGGCAACAGCCAAGUGCCAACAGGGGAAAUAUUUAAUUUAAAAUAAGCGAUAUUUGUAUGUGUCUAUCAAAUUUCAUGUUUAAGUAUAUACCUGAUGAUUAUUUUAAGAAUCUUACUUGACGAUAGACCAUCUAUGACACGAGAAACAGAGAACAAGAACAGUUUUUACACUACCUAAAAUAUAAACUAAGAUAACAUGUGUCAUUGUUAGGUGGUGAUGAAUGAACAACAGAGAACCGAGAAUGAUGUAAAUCAUUGAUGGCUACAUUUUAAACCAAGUUGAAGUUUGCAGAAUGUCGCAUUAUUUCAAAUUUACAGCAUGUCUAUACGAAUAUGUUUUGAAUACUUAAAAUAAUGAUGCACUUAACAAAGCUGCUCUAGAAUUA